AUGUCGUCGUGGUGCGGUCCUUCACGUCGUCAAGUCAAAUACGAUGUCUUCCUCAGUUUCCGAGGUGGAGACACACGUAAAAACAUCAUUAGCCAUUUGCACAAAGAACUUGUGAGACAAGGAAUACGUACAUUCAAAGACGACGAAACGCUCGAAACAGGAGACCGUUUCCCCGAAAGACUCCGUGAAGCCAUCAACACGUCGAGGUUCGCCAUUGUGGUUAUCUCGAAGAACUACGCUACUUCGAGAUGGUGCUUGGAAGAGCUUCGAAUGAUAAUGAAGCUUCAACGGGAGAAAAAGAUUGCUGUGAUUCCUGUUUUCUAUGAAGUGGAUAUCUCUGACGUUAGAAAUCAUCGAAGUGGUUUUGGUUUAGUACAACAUCACAAAGAUCCCAAGAUUCCAUUCUGGAAAGAUGCGCUUAGGGGAAUCGCAAACACACAAGCCACCGAGUCAAGAAAAUGGUAA